AUGAACUGUGUCUCUUCCGCCUCAGAUGCCUCCUCGUCCUCCUCUUCCUCCUCCCUGAGUAUAGGGAGUUUUGUGGAGUUCUCUUUCACGCAGCAGCCUCAGGACACGGUGACGGUGCGAGGCGGCGUGCUGCAGCUGGACUGCCAGGCGCGGUCCGAUGCAGGAGCAGGACCUCCCGCCAUCACAUGGCGUAAGGACGGCGUGCUGCUGAGUGCGGUGGUGGACGAGCGGCGGCAGCAAUUGGCUAACGACUCGCUGCUGGUGCAGAAUAUAGUCCACUCACGCCACCACCGACCUGAUGAGGGGGAAUACCAGUGCCUCGCCACAUUGGACGGACUGGGCACCAUUGUUAGCAGAACUGCAAAGGUCACUGUGGCCGGUCCGCUGAAGGUGGUCAUCCCCACGGAGUCCGUGUCCUCGUACCUUGGUGACACGGCCCUGCUGCGCUGUGAGGUGUCAGGCGACCCCACGCCAAUCAUCCGCUGGCAAAAGAACCGGGAGGAACUACCGCUGACCUUCGACCCUGACUCCCGCCUGGCUGUGCUGCCGUCCGGCUCGCUGCAGGUCAGUCGCGUCCAACCGCCGGAUUCGGCAACAUACCGGUGUCUGGCAGACAACCCCAGCAGCACGAGAACCGGGACGGAUGCAGAGCUCCGAGUGCUACCAGAGCCAGGGGUGAGCAGGAACCUCCAGUUCCUCCAGCGUCCGUCCAGAGUCACCGCUCUGCUGGGAACCGACGCCGUGCUGGAAUGUUCCGCUUCUGGAUACCCGACUCCAAGCAUCCAGUGGAGGAGAGGAGAGGAGAUGAUCCAGAGCUGGAAUAAGAAGUACUCUCUGCUGGUGGGCAGUAAUCUGAUCAUCCGGAGCGUCACUGACGAUGAUUCGGGCUCCUACAGCUGCACCGCCGCCAACAACAACCACAACAUCACCGCACUCACCGAGCUGAGUGUGCUAGUGCCUCCUCAGUUUCUGAACUAUCCGACCAACACGUACGCCUAUGAGUCCACGGACAUCGAGCUGGAGUGUGCUGUGACAGGAAACCCCCCACCGACGGUCAGCUGGAUGAAGAACGGAGAAGAAGUCAUCCCAAGCGACUACUUCCAGAUAGUGGAUGGCAGUAACCUGCAGAUUCUUGGUCUGGUGAAGUCCGACGAGGGAUUUUAUCAGUGUGUAGCGGAAAACUCAGCCGGCAGCGCGCAGGCCAUGGCCCAGCUAAUGCUGCGAGAGCCAGUGUCCCCAAGCCCAGGCGUUGCCCUCCCCUCUGCCCCCCGCGACCUGGUCCCUGUCCUAGUGUCCAGCCGAUUUGUCCGACUCAGCUGGCGUCCCCCGGAGGAGACCGGAGGAGCCGUGCAGACCUACGGGAUUUAUUACUCUCAAGACGGAGUCGAGAGGGAGCGCUCAGUGAACGUGUCGGAGCCGGAGUCUCUGGAGCUGACUGUCUCCAACCUGAGGCCAGAGGAGAGCUACACCUUCAGAGUCAUUGCAUACAACGACAUGGGGCCGGGACAGAGCUCCGCCCCCCUGAGCAUCAGCACCAAACCUGACCUCCAAGUUCCCAGCAGGGUGGAGUCUCCCCAGGCGGAGGCUCUGUCUCCCACCUCCGUCCAGGUGAGCUGGGAGCCACCCAGCCAACCCAACGGCCCCGUCCUGAGCUACAGACUGCUGUGGACCGAGAGGCCGUCCAGCAAGGAGCAGAGUGUGGAGGUGAACGGACUCCACUACAAGAUGGAGGGACUCAAUAAAUUCACAGAGUACACCGUUCGAGUGUUGGCGAUCAACCGCUACGGACCAGGCCCCGCUCCGGAGACUGUCAGCAUCACCACCCAAUCAGACGCCCCCAGCGCCGCCCCACAGAACAUCACCUUAGAGGUGGUCCUGUCCCGGAGCAUCAAGGUGUCAUGGCAGCCGCCUCCCCGCAGCGCCCAGAACGGCAUCAUCUCCGCCUACAAGAUCAAAUAUAGAAAGACUGGUCGCCGUGGAGACCAGGAGGCCAUUGAACCAAACAACUUUUGGUACCUGUUCACAGGUCUGGAUAAAGGCAGCCAGUACAGUUUCCAGGUAGCAGCCAUGACGUCCAAUGGAACGGGUCCGGCCAGUGACUGGUUCAACGCAGAGACACCAGAGAACGACCUGGACGAAAGUCAGGUGCCUGACCAGCCCAGCUCUCUGCAUGUCAGGCCACUUCCAAACAGCAUCAUCAUGUCCUGGACCCCCCCCCUCAGCCCAAACAUCCUGGUUCGAGGUUACAUCAUCGGCUACGGCGUGGGAAGUCCCUAUGCCGAGACAGUGCGAGUGGACAGCAAACAGAGAUACUACUCCAUCGAAAACCUUGAGCCCAGCUCGCACUAUGUCAUUUCCCUGAAGGCUUUCAAUAACGCCGGAGAGGGAGUCCCUCUGUACGAGAGCGCCGUCACACGAUCUCUGACAGACCCUAUAGACCCAUCUGAGGAUGACCACUUCCACCUCUUUGAUAAAUACCCCACUCCCAUGCCAGACACCAGUACUCCCAUGAUCCCCCCAGUCGGGGUGCAAGCCGUGGCUCUAUCUUCCGACUCGGUCCGUGUCUCAUGGGCUGACAACUCCAUGACCAAGAACCAGAAGGCGUCUGAGGUCCGGUACUACUCUGUUAAGUGGAAGACCAGCUACUCCACCAGCGGGAAGUACAAGUCUGCAGACACCACGGCGCUCAGCCACACAGUCACCGGCCUCAAACCAAACACCAUGUACGAGUUUGCUGUCAUGGUAACCAAAGGUCGCAAAUCCAGCACGUGGAGCAUGACAGCGCACGCCACAACGUAUGAAGCAGCUCCUAGCUCCGCCCCCAAAGAUCUGACCGUGAUCAGUCGGGAGGGACGCCCCCGCGCCAUUCUAAUCAGCUGGCAACCGCCCAUGGAGGCCAACGGACGAAUCACAGGCUACAUCCUGUACUACACCCUGGACAAGAACAUGCCGAUAGAUGACUGGGUGAUGGAGGCGAUCACGGGGGACCGGCUGACCCAUCAGGUAGUGGAUCUGAACCUGGACACAGUCUACUACUUCAGGAUCCAGGCCAAGAACGCCAAGGGAGUGGGUCCACUGUCUGAACCGGUCCACUUCAGGACUGCCAAAGUUGAACAUCCUGACAAGAUGGCCAACGAUCAAGGUCGGGGGGGAGACCACGCCUACUGGCCGUCUGACGCCAACCUUAUUGACAGGAGCAGCAUCAACGAGUCUCCCAUCGGUCAGAUGCGCCCACCUCACGGCAGCGCCACGCCUCAGAAGAACAGCAACCUGCUGGUGAUCAUCGUGGUGUCAGUGGGGGCCAUCACCGUGGUGGUGGUGGUCAUUGUGGCCCUCAUCUGCACCCGGCGCUCCUCCGCCCAGCAGAGGAAGAAGAGAGCGAGCCACAGUGCCAGUAAGAGGAAAGGUAGCCAGAAGGACCUGCGGCCUCCUGACCUCUGGAUCCACCAUGAGGAGAUGGAGAUGAAGAACAUGGAGAAAGCUCCCAGCAUCGCUCCGUCUGGACGUGAUUCGCCCAUCCAGUCCUGCCAGGACCUCCCCCAGGUGGCACACAGCCAAUCAGAGAGCCAGAUGGGCAGUAAGAGCAGCCAUUCAGGAGACGAGGCCUCCAGCAGUAUCUCCACCCUUGACCGCUCCCUGGCCGGCAGGAGGGGAACACGAGGCAAAAUGAUGAUUCCUAUGGACUCACAGCCAAGCAACACACCGGUGGUCAGUGCCAUCCCGGUGCCCUCUCUGGACUCCUCUCAGUACCCGGGCAUCCUGCCCUCCCCGUCCUGUGGAUUCACACACAAUAAGUUCAGCUUGAGACCCAUGCCCUUCCCCAGCCUCACUGUGGACCGAGGAUACACACCAGCCAUGAGUGCAGAGGCCUCCACCAAUCCUCUGCUCCAGCAGCAGCCUCCCCCCCAGCCAGUGGCGCCGCUCCUCCCUGGUUCGUCUGCACCACCCGGGGAACAUGUUCCCGGUGUCGGUCCAAUCCAAGGGGCCCCCGCUGCUGCUGCCCCAGAGGAGGCCCAGGCAGGAAGUGGUCGGACCAUCCCGACAGCGUGCGUGCGGCCCACUCAUCCCCUCCGAAGCUUCACCAACCCACUGCUGCCACCCCCCAUGGGGACCAUUGACCCCAAAGUGUACACCUCCAUGCUGCCGCAGUCUAGUGCGAGCCUUCCGAAGCCCCAGGUGAAGACGGCGUCUCUGGGUCAGGCGGGUAAGGCACGCUCCCCUCUGCUGCCCGUCUCCGUCCCCACAGCGCCGGACCUACAGGAAGAGGUGGGGGUGAGACCCUCAGAGGACUCAGCUGCCAACGUUUACGAGCAGGACGACCUUUCGGAGCAGAUGGCCAGUCUAGAAGGGCUGAUGAAGCAGCUCAACGCCAUCACCGGCUCCGCCUUCUAA